AGGCCAGGGCGGCGGAGGAGGCGCUGCGGGCACGGCUGGCCAGACUGGAGGACGAGGGGGCGGAGCUGCAGCUGCAGGCCACUGCCUUGUCCGAGGCCAAGGCGGUGGAGGAUGCCUUGCGGGCGCAGCUGGGCAGGCUGGAGGGCGAGAAGGACGAACUCCAGAAGCAGGCCGAUGCUCUGGGCGAGGCCAAGGCCUCGGAGGCGGCGCUGGCGGCGCAGCUCGCGCGGCGGGAGGCCGAGGGGGCCGAGCUGAGGCAGGCCGGACUCCGCGAGGUACGGCAGGCGCUGGCCGACGCGUGCGCCGAGGCCAAAGCCGCCGAGGAGGCCCUCUCAGCGCAGGUCAGCAGGCUGGAGUCCGAGAAGAUUGAGCUCCAGCAGCAGGCCAAAGCCGCCGAGGAGGCCCUCUCAGCGCAGGUCAGCAGGCUGGAGUCCGAGAAGGUUGAGCUCCAGCAGCAGGCCAAAGCCGCCGAAGAGGCCCUCUCGGCGCAGGUCAGCAGGCUGGAGUCCGAGAAGGUUGAGCUCCAGCAGCAGGCCAGCGCGACGGAGGAGGCGCUGGCGGAACAGGUCCGCGGGCUGCGGUCCGAGAAGGACGAGCUCGGGCACCAGGCCAGAAACGCGGAGGAGGCGCUGGCAGCCCAGGUCUCCAGGCUGGAGUCCAAUAGUGCGGAGCUCCAGCGGCAGGUCGACGCGUGCGCCGAGGCCAGAUCCGCGGAGGAGGCGCUGGCAGCGAAGGUCUCCAGGCUGGAGUCCGACCAGGCAGAGCUUCAGCGGCAGGCCGACGCGUGCGCCGAGGCCAGAGUCACGGAGGAGGCGUUGGCAGCGCAGGUCUCAAGGCUGGAGUCCGAUAGGGCGGAGCUCCAGCGGCAGGCCGACGCGUACGCCGAGGCC